GCGCGCGAGCCACCACCUUGUACAAGGCGAGUUGUUUGGGCAUGGCAAGCAACACGAGCUCGCCGCAUCAGAGCUUUGGCCUUCAGGAGCUUCCCACCGAAGUCGUUCAUCUCAUUGCCUUUCAUUCCAACGUGCUCGAGUCCGGCGACGUGGUGGCGCUGGCAACGACCUGCCGCUCGCUUCACCGGGCUCUGCUCGGAUCCGAAUAUGGUCGCGGGCUGGCCAUGGCAUUGGCGGGAUGGGAUGUGAGCGUGGAGGCGCGGAACUGGCGGGCUGCUUGCCAUGUCGUCCGCCGGCUAGAUGAGGAUGAUCGCGCGGGCUUUUGGGCCGAUGGCGAGCGGAUGAUGGAGGUCUUUGACGGCGGUUGUGCCACUGAUCCGGCGUGGCACGCGCUGGUGGCUGCCAUGGCUGCCAGCGGCGCCGCGUGUGAGAUCGGAUGGGACGACGCCUUUGGACAGGUUGUGUGGGAAGGCUGCCAGCGUAUGGUUGGCGUCGGUGCUAUGGCCGCGGCCUAUGGCAAUGAGGAGCUGGCCAUGGAGCUCGCGCCGCGGCUGGAUGCCGAUGAGCGUGCGUUGAUGGUGGCCAUUGGUGCCCAGAUGGGCAUGCUUGCCCUUGUGGAGUGGCUGCUCGACGACGAGGCAGUCGAUGCCUCGCUGGAGAACAACUACGCGCUCCGUGCCGCGACCCGGACCAAUUGCGAGCCGAUGCUCCGGCUGCUGCUGGCACACCCGAGCACCGAUCCUGCCGCCGACAACAACACCGCCAUCCGGUGGGCGGCCGGCCAUGGCCUGACCCGCAUGGUCGAGCUGCUGCUAGCCGACGUCCGGGUUGAUCCGACGGCCUACAAUGACUUUGCCAUCCGCGUUGCCGCCGGCAACGGCCACUGCGCCGUCGUCGACCUGCUCCUCGCCGACACCCGCAUUGACCCCUCGGCCGACAACAACGAGGCGCUCAUCGCCGCCGCCUUUCGCGGGCACACCGACGUCGUUGCUUCGCUCCUUGCGCAUCCGCGCGUUGAUCCAUCGUCCGCCAACAGCCACGCCCUCCAGAUAGCCUCCAAGUACGGCCACCUCGACGUCGUCAUGCUGCUUCUCGCCGACGAACGCGUCGAUCCCGCCGCCGACAGCAACGAGGCGCUGGUCGCUGCCGCUCACCGCGGGCACGCCGCGGUUGUCCGUGCCCUCCUCGCCGAUCCACGGGUCGACCCCUCGGCCAACGACAACCACGCCAUUGCCACCGCCUCGGGCUGCGGCCACCUGGCAGUUGUCGAACUGCUCCUCGCCGACGACCGCGUCGAUCCCUCAGCUUACAGCCACUACGCGCUCCGCUGGGCUGCUCGCGGAGGCCACCUUGCCGUCGUUACGCGCCUCGUUGCCCAUUCGCGCAUCGGUCUCGAUCCACAUGCCGCCGCCACCAUCAUCGCCGCCACCCGCGCCGGCGACACUGCUGUUGUCGAGCGGCUCACUACGCCCAACACUGCCGCAGAUUUGCCAACAGCCUUGUCGCUCGUCCGUGACAAUGAUCGGCUGGUGGCAGAGGUGAACGAGGCCCGGGAUGAGGUGCGACGGCUAGAAGUGGACAAUGAUCAGCUGGGCGCUUCGGUGGCGGCGCUCUCGGCCCAGUUGGUUGACAUUCAAAAGAACCAUGCCCAGAGUGCCUCGGUGGCCUCAACUACCUUCUCGGCGGACAUCUAUGAUCUCCAGGCGGCGCUGGAAGACGCUCGCGCUCUCAACGCUGAUCUGGCACGACAGGUUGAAGAGACUCGCGCCACCUCGACCACGCAGUUGAUGGCGUUCAAGGAGACGGAGGCUCGGGUCGAUGAGCUGCUGGUCGAGCUCGACGAGGUUAGCACUGCUCGCCGCGAGCUGCUGCUCCGCGUCUCGCGCGACAAUGCCGCGCUUGCUGACGCUCAGGCCGAAGCCCUCGAGGCUCGUGAUGCGCUUGCUCGUGAGCGUGCAGGACAUGCCGACCUCCUCGCUGCUCUUCAGUCGCGGGUCUCGGCGCUCGAGGCUGAGCUCGCCUCGCUCCGUGUCGACAACGACGGCCUCGCCGCAGCUUCCGGCGCCGACGGUGCUCCGCAAUCUGAAGCCGUUCUCGAGCUUCGUGCCCGGUUGCAGGCCUCGCAACAUGAGACCCGUGAGCUGCUGGGUCGCCUCGCCGAGCUUGACGCCGAGACCGCCGCCGUCCGCGCCGCCCACCACGAGUACGUUACCGAGGCCCGCAGCCUCCGUGCCCGUCACGUCAACGCCGCAUCGGCCGCGGAAGUCUACCAGCGCGAGCUGGCUGCCACCCUGGCCGAGGCCAUGGCGCUGACCUCCGAGCUGAGCGCGGCACAGGCUCGCAUCGAGUCGCUCCGCGGCCGUCUCGCCGCCGCACCCAACGGCUCGGACGCGCUCCGUGUCGCCCUCGACUCGGCCGUUGCCGAGCGCAACGAGGCAUAUGCUCGUGCGACUGCCUUUGAGGCCGACAUCGCCGCCCUUCGCAGCCAGGUCGCCGACAUGGAAGCCUCCGCCGUCCGCGCCUCGGUCACCCUCGCCGCCGCCCGCGCCGAGGAGACGGCCGCCAAGGCUGAGCGUGCCGAUGCUACCGCCGCCGCCGCCACCCUCCAGCAGCAGCUCAAGGCCGCCGAGGCCGAGCUCGACGACGCCCGUGCCCGCGCUGGUGACCUCCCUGCUCGCCGCUCCAGGUACCGCGGCAGCUCAGAUGGUGACAGCCUUGCUGCCAAGGAGGACCAGGUUGCCUCCAUGCGCGCCGAGUCGGCCGCCGCUGACUCGACUGCUGCCGCCGUCGCUGACAAGCUCCGCGCCGAGCGCGCCCGUGUCCGCGCCCUUGAGGAGGACGUAGCCAAGCGCGAGUCCGCUGCUGUCCUUCUCACCCAAAAGCUUCGCAACGCCGAGGAGGAAAUUGCCGGCUACGCCCGGAUCGUCGCUCGCUACGAAGCCGAGACCGAUGAGCUCGCCGCCAAGGUCUCGGCUCUCUCGGACGCCAACACACACUACGCGGCAGACGCUGCUGCCCGCAGCUCGACCUCGGGCGUCCUCGCCUCGGGCACCGCCAUCGAGCUCCAGCAGCAGCUGGUCGCCGAGUCGGCGCGCUCGCUCGCGCUGCAGGAUCGAGUCCUCGAGCUCACCGCCGAGCGCGACGCCCUCGUCCGCCAGGUCCAGGCUGAGGCCGCUACUCGGGCGUCGGCCCAUGAUGAAAUUGCCCAGCUCGAGGCAAGCCUCGAGGCGCGCGCCGCACUCUUUGCCCAACUCCACGAGGCUCACGACGAGGUUGUCGCCGCCGUCCGCGUCGAAGAGCUCCGCAACGAGUCGAUGGACCUUUCGUCGCGUCUCGCCUCGAUGGACGCCGAUCUCUCUGCCAUGGAGGCCGAGGCUGCUGAGGGCGGCGACCGCGACCGCCGCGAAGCCCUCCUCCGCCUCGAGAUGCGGACUAUCGAGCUCGAACAGGAGCUGCUUCUCACCCGGACUCGCGCCGAGGAGCGCCUCGCCGCCUACGAGGCCCGCGUCCGUGCCUCGGCCGAGGCCCUCGCUUCGUUGCAGUCGGGUGUUGGCCAUCCGGUCCAGGCCGCCAUCUACGAGCGUGAGAUUGAGGCACUCAAGUCGGAGCGCGCCGCGCUUCUUGCGCAGGCCCAGGUCGACACCACCCGCCGUGCAGACUACGAGGCCCGCAUCGCCGCCCUUGUUGCCCUGCAGGAUCCGGCCGCACUCUCGGUCGGCAGCUUGCCCACAGCCUCGGCGCUCACCAACGAGCAGAUUGAGGCUCUCUCCGAGGACCGCCUCCGCGCCGAGCUCAAGGCCAUGCGCAACGACAACAUCGAGCUCCGUCGCCGCGUGGAGGCCCUCCUCGAGUCGUCGCGCGUCACCAUCGCCUCACUCAAGGAGCGGGUCGAGGGCGCCGCCCGCGACGCAGAAGACACCCGCCGCGUUGAGGAACUCGAGGAUGAGAACAAUGAGCUCCGCGAACAGGUCCGCAUGAUCCACGCCUCUGUCGAGAUGCGCAUCUCGUUCCUCAUGAUGCAAAUCGAGACGUUGACCGAGGAGAACGAGAAGCUGCAGGUCGCACUCGGCGCAACGCCGUCGCCGUCAGCCUCGCACGCUUCGCAGCCGGCAAGCAGCUCCGCCCGCAAGUCGGCUGCCUCUGCCGAGCUCUCGCCGCCGCGCCGCCCGCCGCAGGCCUCGCCAUCGGACCAGCACUGGGACGCCCUCGUCCAGGAGCUCCACGAGGCCAAUGCCGAACUCCGCGACGAGGUCCGCAAGCUGGAGGCUGAUUCGGCCGCCACUGUGACGGCGCUGGAAGAGCGCGUCGCCGAGCUGCAGGCCGAGCGCGAGGCGCUGCUCAACGGCGGGAGCAGUGGCGGGAGCAACUCGCCUCACGUCACCCCACUCACCGCCAAGGUUGCUGCACUCCAGUCACGCAACACGCAGCUUGAGGAGCGAGUCGCCGCGCUGGCAUCGGCCGAUGACGUGGCGCAGCAGCGCGACCAGCUCGAGGUGCAGCUCGCAGCGCUGAGACAGCGAUACAUCUACGUUGUCGAGCGCAACCAGGAGCUCGAGGCGAGCGCCGCAGCGAGCGAAAACGGGCCUCGUGCCGCGUCGGGAGCUCCGGACGCUCGGGCACAGGCCCUGCUGGCGCGGUCAGACCGGACGCUCGAGGCAGGGCGGGCCAUCGAAAGCCGGGCCGACAAGGCUCUGGGCAAGCUCGUCGAGACAAACGGGGCGAGCCCCGAGGCCAUCAACGAGCUGGUGGCAUGCUCGGUGAAGCGGAGCGAGCUGGCAGCGGCGCAGGCGGCGCUGCAACGCGAGCUGGCGGAGACGGCGGCGGCCGCGUCGGGCGAGGCCGUGGUGGCCCGGGCCCGCGCGCGCGAAGCCGAGAUGGAGGCGCGCGAGGCCGCAGCGCGCGAGGCCGCAGUCGCCAAGCAGGCCGAGCUUACCGCCGCCGAGCUGGUGCGCGCCGAGGAGGUGGCUGCGGCGGGUCGGAGGCAGGUUGCUGUCUACGAAUCGUCGGGCACGCUCGAUGAAAAGCUGGUGGCGCAGGCGCAGGCCACACGUGCCGCCGAGGCCGAGGCCGACACCCACUUUGCGUCGGCGACCGAGGCACAGCGGCGGUGCAUCGAGGUCCAAGCCGAGCUGGCGAGCCGCGAGGCUGAGCUCCACGCAGCACUCAACGAGCGGAACCACGCGCUGUCCGAGGCGCACCGGCAAGUCCAGGACGCGCUGGCAAGCAAGGCUGAGCUCCACGCCGAGCUGGCCGCGAGCAGGCAGCGUGAGGAGGCGCUGACCUCUCGGGUCGAGCCGGUUGUCUCGGACGCCGGCAAGGCGCUCGCCCACGCCGAGCUUAUCCAGGCCGAGAACACGAGGCUCAGCUAUCAGUUGGCCAAGGAAGUUGAGCAGCGCGAGGCGCUCGAGGAGCAGAUCGGCGAGAUGCAGGGCGUCAUCGCCGACCGGCUGCGCGGCCUCGAGUCGCAGCUGAUGGGCGAGGCCGGAAGCGACCCGGCCGCCGAUGCGGCGCGGCCGCACGAUGAGCUUGUGGCGCUUGUCGGCCAGCUCCGUGCCCACAACGAGGCGUUGCUCGCUGAGCGGGCAGCGCUCGAGGAGCAGAUUCGCGCUCACAACGACGUCAUGUCAGCGUCAGCAUCGUUCCUUCGCUCCGAAAACGUGUCGAUUGUCGAGCAGGCCCGCCAGCUGCAGGAGCAGCGGGCGCUUCUCCGCGACGGUCUAGCCGGCCUCGACGACGCCAACGCCAUCCUCUCUGGUGGGUCCGAGGACGAGCUGCGGACUGUGCUCAAGUCGCUCGUCUCGGAGCGGACCCAGCUUGUGCUGCAGACCGAUGCCACCUUUGACCUGCUCAGGCGGACGCUCGGUGUCUUCCGCGAGUCGGCCACGGUCAUCCGCUCGCUCCAGGGCAAGAACCGCAAGCUGAAGGCCAAGGUCAAGACCAAGGCCGCCCGUGGUGCGCAGUAGGGAGGGAUAUCCCAGUUGUUUCAUUAGAGAGUGUAAACAACACAGCACAGCAGAA